AAGGGUUUCAGAAGGGGAGCGGCUUGGUACGGUCGCUCGCCCCUCCUUCUCCAAGAGACGGCGCGAUGCUACCACUGGUCAAGCUCUCCUCCUCCGUUCUCCGCGGUGAUAGCCCCAGGAUCUUCGUCGCCUUCUUCCAUCGCCGCCGCCUCCUCUCCACCGCCGACGCCGGCGCCGUCGCCGUCGCCGUCGCCCCCGGCGAGAACCCGUCGCCCAGACCGCAAUUCAUAGCUGAAUACCUCGAGAGAUCGUGCGGAUUCUUUCCGGACAAGGCGGCCGAAGCAGCAUGCAAGCACCUCCGCCGCAUCAAAUCCCCUGAACAACCGGACUCCGUCCUGGACUUCUUCAAAAGCCAGGGUUUUGACGAUGCCGACAUCAAAAAGCUCGUGUCUUUGAACCCCAGAUGGCUCGGCCUCGACGUGGAGGAGACCUUGGCCCCAAAGUUCCGAGCUUUUCGAGAUCUCGGCUUCUCCCAUUCCGACAUCAUCCACCUUGUCCUCUCCAACCCCUCCGUCCUCAACCUCAGGUUCCAACAAAACAUCCUCCCCAAAGUCGAGCUCUGGAGGAAUCUCCUGGGCUCCAAUGAGCUCUUGAUGAAGUGGUUGAAGAAGAAACAAUGGCUUUUCAGCUACAGCAUCGAGAGGACGAUCCUUCCGAACCUGUCCCUCUUACGGGCCUGGGGCAUUUCAGACAAGAGGAUCUCUAUGGUCGCCAAGCUGCAGCCUCCGAUUGUCUGCCAGAAGCCGGAAUCACUGCAGGCUUUGGCCGAUCGCGUCGAGGGGAUGGGAGUACCCCGCCACUCGGGCAUGUUCCUCUGGGCUCUGGUUACUCUCCAGAGGGUCAGCAGAACCACCUUCGAGGCCAAGAUGAAGCUUAUGAAGAGCUUGGGGUGGUCGGAUUCGGAAUUCCUCGCUGCGUGCCAAAAGGCACCUGCGUUCUUAUCUAAUUCGGAGAAGGCGAUACAGAAAAAGAUGGGAUUUUUGGUGAAGGAAGCUGGGUGCGAGCCAUCCUAUGUCGCGAGACGCCCGGAGCUUCUCAUGAUGAGCUUGGAGAAGAGGUUGGUUCCCAGGUAUCAUGUCAUGGAGAUGAUGAAGUCGAAAGGAUUACACGGUGGGGCAUUUCAGUUAGCUACCAUUAUGCAGUUAUCAGAAAAGAAUUUUAUAGAGAAAUUUGUUCUCUGCCACAAAGAGAAAGCCCCUGAACUGCAUGAUUUAUAUGUUUCUCUCAGCUGCAAGGGAGCUCCUUUGUAAUUCCAGAUUCAGAGAUACAAAGAAAAUGGCUUUCUUGACUCAUUUAAUAUUACAAGUUUGUGAGGCUCGAGUAAACUUGCAAGGAAAUGAUGGCCAAAGGAACAGUAAGUGGCUUCUAGAGUAUUAGUUAGCAACAAAUGCUUUCCCUGCUAUUAGCAUUACCCAUUUUUUUAUUUUCUUCAGGGAGUUUUUGUCUCUGACAAGAAUGAGUUCUCCUGGCUGUGAUCAAACAUGAUUCAUGACAAUGGGUGCAUUGCUAGCAGCAUCAAUUCCUUCAGGGAACCAUCCAGUAUCUUAAGCAUAUAAUGCAUGUCUGGUUGAAAGCUUCACUUUAAUGUAUGGUUGGAAUCCUGCACAGCUACUUCUAUGCAUGAUGGUCCAAUGUGCAUUUUAACCUUAGAACCUCACUAUUUUCAUGCAUGGUUUAAGUUAAAUGGAUUGCAUUUCUAGUCUGAGAGUGAAGCCUAAAGGAGAAGAUGGUUACACAAUGUAUCAAAUGGCCAUCUACUUUUGUAUUUCAGUUCCAGUUUUCUUCUUUCACCUAGCUUGUUUCCUCAAAGCAGGGUCAGCUUUGUUAUGACGUAAUACUCCAUUCAAUCAAUUGCAGGACACUACUCUUUUUUCAUGCAAGAUGGUACAGAACACGUACACCCCCCAGAGAACAAAUUUGGACCCAAAUCAAUCUCAGAUGCUUCUCUGAGGAACUAUCUGAUCUCCUCUAUCAGUUGAUACUGUUUAGGAGUUUGAUUUUAAUCUUAAAGAAUUUGCAAGUCCCAUAUCCUAUGCUGACUUUUCAAUCAGACUGAAAUAUAAGGUAACAGGACGGUAUGAAUGGUAGCACACCCAAAUGUCUUGUUUCUAGCACCAGUACAGGGUCCAUACCAUGUGUCAAUAUCCGGUGCCAUACCAUUCCAGCAAAAAUCGUUGGUAUGAGGUCCAAUUCCGGUAUAUGAAAUCUUGUUGAACAAAUUUUGGUCUGGAUGAUAUUUAAUUUAUUUUCUCAUAUCUCUUAAAAGGAAUCAGUCUGAAACUUUUCUG